GAUACACAUAGACAAGAACACCAUGCCGCACAAGAACACCAUGGCCUCCCUUGUCUUCCUCAUGGCGCUGCUGCUCUCAUGCAGCUCCAUGACCAGCGCAGCACGGCACCUAGAGGAGGCCCUGCCCAAGGAGUAUCCACCACAUCCGAUCGUCCCGGAGCUGCCAAAGCCCCAACUCCCGCCGCACCCUGCCGUGCCCGAGCUGCCGGAGCCUGAGCCACCGCACCCUCUCGUGCCCGAACUGCCACACCCCAUGGUGCCAGAGGUGCCAAAGCAUGAACUGCCACCGCACCCUCUCGUGCCCGAACUGCCACACCCCAUGGUGCCAGAGGUGCCAAAGCAUGAACUACCACCGCACCCUGCUGUGCCCGAGCUCCCGAAGCCUAAAGUGCCGCAUCCGGCUGUGCCCGAGGUGGCAAAGGAGCCUGAAGUGCCACACCCAAUCGUACCAGAGGUGCCAAAGCAUGAACUGCCGCCGCACCCUGUUAUGCCCGAGCUCCCCAAGCCUGAACUGCCGCAUCCGGUUGCCGAGGUGCCAAAGGAGCACGAACUGCCGCACCCCAUCGUGCCAGAGGUGCCAAAGGAGCACGAGCUGCCGCACCCUGCCAUACCAGAGUUGCCGAAGACUGAAAUGCCACACCAUGCCGUGCCAGAGGUGCCAAAGGAGCCCCAUGUGCCGCACCCUGAGGUGCCAGAGGUGCUGAAGGAGCCCGAGUUACCGCACCCUGCUGUGCCAGAGGUCCCGAAGCAUGAAAUGCCGCCGUUCCCCAAGGCCGAGCUGCCCCCGAAGCCCGAACUUCAUUUUCUGGAGCCAGAGGCCAAGCCAUGAUCGGACUAGCUACAUCCGCACAGUGCCCGUCAUCUAGGUAUCAUUGUGUGUGCAUGCGUGCGUGCGUGCAUGUGUGUGUGUGUGUGUGUGUGUGUUUGUGUGUGUGUGUGUGUGUGUGUGUGUGUGUGUGUGUGUGUGUGUGUGUGUGU